AAUAUACCAAAUAUUUGUCCGGAACCACAAUGAACAUUGUACCGUUCUACCGUUGCUUAUUUAAUUAAGAACGUUUUUCUUUCAAUUCCACACUGUCGGCCAUGAAACACACGAACAUAGUUCUACUUUGCAAUUUUUUCAUUAUUUCCCACUCGUUGAGACCUCCUAUAAUAUGGAAAGAUGGCAUCAAUUGGGUGCAAAUGGUGGUUGGUAUUGGAAUUCCUGUCGACCUUAAAGAUGCAACUAUAACAAUCGGAAGUGCAGCAAAGGCAUAUUAUUUACUACCGACCAAUACUUCAUAUCCAACCUACACAACGUACGAGGCGAAAGAAGGGCGUUCUUCACUGCGCCAGGGAAUAUAUAAUGCUAUGGAAGAUAUCUUACGAAGGUAUGGUUUUGGUGAUGGAAAAUCUUGUUUGUUGAAGCUGAUUUGCGAAUAUGCCACUAAAGAUGCAAGCAAACAUUCUUUAAUUUCGAGAGUGGCUGACGUAGUGCUGAGACCGUCUUCGACAGUGGAUGCUACAGAACGAAAUAUUUAUUCUUCAGCGGAAAAAAUGGGCUCGGCGAACAUAGACUGCAAUUAUUUGUUUUCAGAGUGUAAAAAUGAUAUCACGAACACCUUUUUGAAAGAGUUUAUGUUUGCGUAAUAAAUAUAGAGAAAUUCAUCAAA